UGUGUUUCUUGCAUUUAUAAAAUGGUAUUUUCUUUGAUUUGUAUAGUCUUAUAAAUUAUACAGAUUAUAUUUGUAAUAUUAUUAUCUAAUUAAAAAAAAAUAUUUUUUUUAAUUAUGGCGCCAUCUAUCGACAACUAGAAUAAUCACAGAACUAGAAGUAAUAACCGACGUGCCUUUUUUCUGUCACAUACAAUUUAAUGCUUUAGAAAGAAAUCGAAAAACUGUGACGCACUGAAAGAUGAUCAUGAGAAAAAGAAUACAACAUAUAUGACACAAGCUCGAAACAAAUGACUGUGAAUGAAAAGAGGCAUUCCAUUCCAAUGAACUAUGAACUCAGAACUGUCAGAAUGGCCGACGGUUCACGGUUGGUAAAUUUCAUGUGUUUUUAGAUUUGGAAGAUUUAUAAAUUGCACUUUUCUUUUAUAAUACUUGAUAAUACCGUAUUAUCGUAAAUAACGACCUAUUAAUUUGUUAUCCAUGGAAUUUAAAGAUGAAAUUAACGAAAAGUUUGUUAAAUAUGAUCCAAGAUAUAUAGGGAGUCACUUUCCUGCAUCAACAGAUCUUUGUGAUUUAAAGAGUGAACCAGCUAUGGAAAUACAAACUGAAAUUAAGAAUGAGGUCCUUGAGAGUGACCAAAAAUAUACAGAGAAUCAGCUAUCCACGUCUCUAAAUCUGGAAAACUUGAAGAAUGAACCAGGGGAAGCCUCAGCAGUGGAAGUAAAAGCUGAAAUUAAGGAAGAGUUUGUUGAAGAUGAUCCAAGAUAUAUUGAAACUCAGUUAUCCACAUCCAUAAUUCUGGAAGAUUUGAAAAAUGAACCAGAAGAUAAUUCAGGUCUGCCUUACAAGAGGAACCGAAUGGAAAUUAUAGAGACGUUACCCCAGGAUCCGUUUAAUAAAAAACAAAUAAGUCUAAACUCCGCAGAAGUAACAAUAAAUAGUUCUAAUUGUUCUAAAGAUGUCAAAUCCAAAAAUAAUUUAAAUGAACUUAUGAAAUGUCAGACUGGAGAAGGACUUUACAAAUGUGAAAUUUGUUUGAAGCAGUUUCGUCAUGCAUCACAUUUGAAAAUUCAUUUGAGAGUUCACACUGGAGAAAAACCUUAUAAGUGUGAAAUUUGUUUUAAGCAGUUUACUUUAACAAGUAAUUUAAAACAACAUUUGAGAAGACACACUGGAGAAAAGCCAUACAAGUGUGAAAUUUGUUUGAAACAGUUUUCUCAACUAGGUUAUAUGAAACAACAUAUGAGAGUGCACACUGGAGAAAAUCUGUACCAGUGUCAAAUUUGUUUUAAGCAGUUUUGUGAGAAAAAUAGUUUAAAACGACAUAUGAUAGUGCAUACUGGAGAGACGCCUUAUAAGUGUGAAAUUUGUUUCAAGUCGUUUACUCGGAAAGGUAAUCUAACUGAACACAUCAAAGUUCACACUGGAGAAAGACCUCACAAGUGUGAAAUUUGUUUUAAGCAAUUUAUUCAAGCCUAUGAUUUGAAAAGACAUUUGAGAGUGCACACUGGAGAAAAGCCUCACAAGUGUGAAAUUUGUUUUAAGCAGUUUAGUGAAACACGAGAUUUGAAAAAGCAUUUAAGGAUACACACUGGAGAGAAGCCGUACAAGUGUGAAAUUUGUUUUAAGCAGUUUUCACAAGUAGCCAAUUUGAAAGCACAUUUGAGAGUGCACACUGGAGAAAAAUCAUACAAAUGUGAAAUUUGUUUUAAGCAGUUUUCUCAGCCAAAUUAUCUAAAACGACAUUUGAUGACACAUCUAAAACGACACAGACGCUGCGGGGAAAGACCUCACAAGUGUGAAAUUUGUUUUAAGACGUUUAGUGAAGCAGGCAAUUUGAAAACACAUUUGAGAGUGCACACUGUAGAAAAAUCAUACAAGUGUGAAAUUUGUUUUAAUCAGUUUAGCCAAAAAAACACUUUAAAAAUACAUAUGAGAGUACACACCGGAGAAAGGCCAUACAAGUGCGAAGUUUGUUUUAAGCAGUUUACUAGAACAAGUGAUUUGAAAACACAUUUCAGAUUACACACUGGAGAAAAACCUUAUGAGUGUGAAAUUUGUUGUAAGCAGUUUAGUGACAAAAAUAAUUUGAAAAAGCAUUUAAGAAUCCACACUGGAGAGAAGCCGUACAAGUGUGAAAUUUGUUUUAAGCCGUUUAGUGAAGCAGGUUCUUUAAAAACACAUUUGAGAGUGCACACUGGAGAAAAACCUUACAAGUGUGAAAUUUGUUUUAAGCAAUUUAAUCAAGCAAUUAAUUUGAAAACACAUUUGAGGGUGCACACUUAAAGAGGUGACACACACGUGAGCAAGCACGCGAACUUAUGGCUCAACGACUUUUUCGCACGUAUGUCACCGCAAAUACGCGUACUUUAAGUCCGCCGAGUAAGUACGCCGUCGAUCCAACAAGUUUGAAAUUUUACUUCUUGCCUGUACGUGUAUCACUGCGUCUAGCCGCGAGCCGUUAUUUUACUGCGUUUAAGUUACACCUACACACACCCAAACUUAUAUGGAAUCACCAUGUAUUUCAAAGUAACAUUUAUUUCUUUUGAAAAAACUUGUUAUUGUUGCGAAGAUUAAAGGUUUUUAUUUAAAAUAAACAAAUAUAUAAGACAAUCGGAUAGUACAGCCCGGUAAGGUAUAGAUUAUUUGCUUGACUUGCAAGUUGAACGAAAAUAAAUAAACUAACUUUUGCGUCCAAAAACGAAAAUAUGCCUCGUGUGGGGUUAUAUAAAUUACAACGAGGAAAGAUUAUUGGUCUUGUGGAGAAAGUAAUGCUCAGAUUGACGUAGCUGCAGAGCUAGGCGUAAUACAUGUUCUGUCCAAAACAUAUGCUAGGUAACAGGAACUAGGAAGGCUCAAAAAUAAAGCAAGGGAAAGUCACCAAAAGUAAUAACGGCUCUCCACGAUCGUUUAAUUGUCCAAUCAGCUGGAAAAUACCCAACCAUUUCUCACCUGCAUCUCGAAAGGCAGCUUUUGGAAGCUACAGCUGUAACUGUUUCAGUUGAAACGAUAAGAACAAGAGUUCGUACCAAGGAGUAUACAGCAGGAGACAGUUAUGGGUUCCCGAGUUAUCCAGGCAGCACAAGAUUGAUCGCCUAAAUUGGUGUCUUCAUCACCAAAACUGGAACAUUGGUAAUUGACAAAAUGUGCUAUUUUCAAAAACAGUCUGAAUUUAAUCUAAUCAGAUGGAAAAUCAGAUGAGCCAUGAAAUCGUAAACUUAGAGGUCGAGGAAGACAAGCAAGAAAAGAAUGUCAGAUCUGUUCACAAAUAUAGAUUCAGAUAGCCGAAUAAGAGCCAGAAAUCGACAAUCAAGCGCCUUAGAGCCACAGAUCCAGAUAGCCGAAUAAGAGCCAGAGAUCGACAAUCAAGCGCCCUAGAGCCACAGAUCCAGAUAGCCGAAUAAGAGCCAGAGAUCGACAAUCAAGCGCCCUAGAGCCACAGAUCCAGAUAGCCGAAUAAGAGCCAGAGAUCGACAAUGAAGCGCCUUAGAGCCACCACCACAGAUCCAGAUAGACGAAGAAGAGCCAGAGGUCGACAAUCAAGCGCCAUAGAGCCACCACACAGCCAGGACAAGCCGCAGAGACUCCAAACUACAGGACUGCUGACGGAGCACAGCAGAACCAGGAGAGCCGCAACGUCCAGAAUCAGAAGGAAAACCGUAAGUUUUUGAAUAAAUUGUAUCUCUCCAAUAUUGAGCGUAUAUAAUAAUCCACUCUAUACAAAUUUUCAGUUAAAACUAAUUUAGCUUACACAUACACCAUUUAACAAUAUUUAAUAACAGGUAACUCACCUUGAAAAGAUUUAAUCAGUCAGCAUUGCGAGUUAAAAUUAGGUUUGUUCUAGCAUCAGUUUCAAACGGUUUGAAACCAUCAGCGAAUAGUUGACCAGCACGAGUAGAGGGGAUAGCACUGGUGACUGUAUUAUGUUCUCUCACUGACCAACUGUUUGCUGACGGUUUCUGACUAGUUUGACUGUUUGCUAGAACAAACCUAUUAUUACAGAUAGUAGUAUUGCAAAAAAAAGAGAUUGAUUAAUAAAUAGAAUAGAAUAGAAUAUAAUAAUUUUUAUUUGCAUAAAAUUUUUACAUAUUUGAGCAAAUAACGUCAAUUAAAGGUAAAAGUAAAAAAAAGAGAUUGUAUAAAUCUAAAGUACAUAGAACAAUUAUCAUAAUUAAAAUUAAAAUUAAAAAUUAGACAUUACAUAUUACAAAAACAAAAACAACUAAUACUCUAGGUAUUCCACCACAGUAUAUGGUUCUACAAUGACCAGAUAUUUAAAUAACUCUCUUUUAAAUCUUCCAAAUUGAAUCUCUUGUUUUAACGCUGAUGGUAACUUGUUGUGGAAUUUGAUACAGGCAUAUAGUGGACUCCGUUCUUUUAGAGUAAGCCUGUGUCUAGGGAUAGUUAGGUUUAGAGCUCUUGUGUGAUGGAUAUGAUUGGGGAUGUAAUGGUUAAAUAAUGUAGGGUUCUUAAAAAGAAACUUUAAACAUUCAUAAAUGUAGAUGGCUGGAAAAGUAAGUAUAUUUAGUAGUUUAAAUCUCCCCCUGCAUGAGCUCUUGAUUUUCAUCCCAAGAAUAAUCCGUAUUACUUUUUUCUGAAUGAUAAGAAGCUCUGAUGUUGCCACUGCAUUUCCCCAGAACAUGAUUCCAUAACGUAAUUGAGAAUAAAACUUAGCAUAAUAAACAGUGAGAAGAGUAUCCUGUUGUAAGUAUUCUUUAAGCACUCUUAUUGAGUAGCAUGCAGAGUUCAGUUUUUUACAUAACUGCAAUAGGUGUACAAACCACUGCAGAUAUUGGUACCCAGAAAUUUGACAGAGUUGGAUGCUUCUAUGUGGUCUGAUCGAAUAUUUACCAUAUUCGUGAUCGGACCUCGAGACUGAAUGGUUCUAAAAUAGAUGAAGACAGUCUUAUCACAGUUUAACAAUAAUUUAUUCCCAGCAAACCAUCUCUCAGCCCUCUCCAGAUUUUCACCUGUUUUUAAGAGCAACUCUUCAACAGUUUUGGCCCAAAUCAGAUAAUUUGAGUCAUCUGCGAAAUUAAUAAGGCUAGAUGAUUCAUCUGUUACAGAUUCAGCAAGAUCAUUGAUGUAUACAAGAAAUAAAAAAGGUCCAAGAACACUACCCUGGGGUACCCCCAACACGAGAUCCAGUGCUUCUGAGAGUGUUCUCUCACUAUUAGUUUCCAGACAAACUCUUUGUGACCUUCCUGUGAUAAAUGACUAUCCAACGUAAAGCUGGGCCUCGUAUUCCAUACUUGUCAAGUUUGAUCAGCAGUAUUUGAUGAUCUAAACUGUCAAAUGCUUUUGGCAGAUCUAGAAAAGCUCCUAGUGUUUUGUUUUUUAGUUCCAAGUUUUCAAGUAUUUUAGUAACAAAAUCAAAUAUAGCUGUAUAGGUUGAUUUGCCCUUUAGGAAACCAUGCUGUGUUUGUUUGAGAAGAUUUUUUGACCUGAAGAAAUUUUCAAGUCUAUUAUACAUAGCUUUUUCAAAAAUCUUAGAGAAGGACGAGAGAAGACUGAUGGGUCGAUAAUUUUCCACUUUAGUUGGAUCACCUUUCUUGUGCAGUGGUUUCAUCAGAGCUGUCUUUAAAUUUUAUGGAAAGUAGCCAUAUGUGAAGGAAUUAUUUAUAAUGUAAGUUAGAGGAUAACUUAAUUCAGCUGCAACAUAUUUAAUGAUAUUUGUAGAUGUUCCAUCAUGACCAGAGCUAUGUUUAUUUUUUAGAUUUUGAAUUAUUUUUAGAAUUUCAGUUUCAGAAACAGAAAACAAAAACAUACUUUCUGAGACAGUGCUGAUAUUAAUGCUGAAGUUUUCUACCGGCUUGAUUUUAUUGACUGCAUUUAUAGCUGCAUUUGCCAUAAAAGUGUUGAUUUCAUUGGAUAGAGCAUUUGACUCACCUUGUAAGCCCAGAACAUUUGAGCUUUUUGAGUUCCCUUUAAUUUCUUUGAUUAUUUGCCAUGAAACUUUAGACUUGUUAUCACUAGUUUCCAACCUUUUAUGAUAAAAGUUUUUUCGAAACUCAACCAAAAGUUUAUUAUAUCUACGCUUUUCAGCCCUACAGUCCUCUCGAUACAGCUCAUUAUUGGCACUUAAAGGGAACAAAAUAUCCAGCCGUGAUUUACAGGAAGUAACCUCUGGUGCACUUGUCCAACUCUCUUAAGGAUUUUUGCUAUUAAAUCUUUUUACAGGAAAACAUUGCUGAAAUAAUGUUUCUAUAAUAUUUUUAAAUUCUUCCUAUUUGUGAAUGACAUGCAAAGAGAUUAGACCAAUCCACCUGACUUAACAAACAAAGAAUUUGAAAUGUUUGUUUUCUGCAUUAAACUGGCGUUUGUUAAUACUUACCGAAGGCACUCGACCGAUCUCAAAUCUAACUAUCUGAGCCAAAUGAUCUGAUGUGUGAGGGUUGAAAACUUUUGAUGUAAAAGCUUCAAUAUUUGUAUAAAUAUUGUCAAUGCACGACUUUUUGUCACCAUCUAUGCGUGUGAAUUCUGUUAUUGAAGGAAUUAUAUUAAAAGAGCUUAAUUUUUUUUUAAAAUACCUGGCCAUCUUGCGUCCUGUAGUAUAUUGUAAGUUAAAAGCCCCUGCUAAAAAAAUUAUACAAUCUUUACAAAUCAAAUCGGACAAUAUUUCAUCUAAUUUCUCAAUAAGAAUCUGUGGUUGUUCGGUUCUGUAAAUUGAUAGCAUAACGAUCUUCAUUUUAUUAAGCUGGACUUCUGCUGCUGCACAUUCAAAUACUGAUUUUUCAGACAAACUAAUAAUGUCCUCCCUGGCUGUACUGGCAUAUUUAUCUCGAACAUAUACAGCUGCUCCACCAUGUUCAUUGGUACCUCUACAGAAAGAAGAUACAAGUUUAAAAUUUUUGAUAUUGUAAUUUUGAAGCUGGUCUUCAGUUUUCCAAUGCUCCGUAAGGCAAAGAGCAAGGCAAUCUUCAUAUUCUUUUGAGAUGCUAUUUAAUACAUUGAUGCUGGUGCCAAUUGAUUGAGUGUUUAAGUGUAUAACACUCAAUUUUGAAGGUUUACCACGCCACUCUGAUUUAUUCUGAGAGAGCGUGUCUGUAGGUUUAGAAAAUGAUAGUACCAUUUGGCCAUAGAUCUUCUCUCAUUAUAUUUGCUUUUUUAUUAUCAGGUAAAGUGAGUUUAAAAGAACUUUUGUACUUGUCUGUUUUAGUCUUUAUUUUCUCACAUAUUACCUCAUUGUCCAGAUCUUUGUGUUUUAGAAAAUCGAGUAUCUGUUGCGCCUCUGUUUUUGGAGAAAAACCAGAUACAAAUAUUGCCGAUUGUUUUGUUGCCAUUGUAAGAUCUGCACAUACAUUCAUGCUCGUUCCUUUAAUUGGAUUGGGUCGAUUGUUGUUUUUUGGUCGGUUUUUGCGUUGUACUACCGUCCAACCUUCCUGAAUACGUAGUUUUCAGAAUUUUACAAAGCAAUCUCAUAUAUAUGUUUAUAUUUAACGUACAAUUAAGCAUAGCCGCUUGCUGACAAAUACAUAGCGACAAAUACAUAACGGUCAUCGGCUACUUCAUAGUGACAGGGAGAAAUAAAUACAACAUGCUCAAGGUCACUGCUAUACCACUAAGGGUCGAGGGGUCAGUGUUGCAUUCAUUUGCCGCCCAAGGAAUCUACUGAUCGUAGAUUAUAAUACACUUCACUACUUCGAAUUGACCUCGGAAGAUAGAGAAAGAUGCUUCCAGUUAACAAGGGCACAGAUAGGGUGCUCUCCAACGGCUAUAAUGAACAUGGAUACCAAACCAAACUGUAUACUAGAAGAAAUUUAUGAGCGAUUUAAGAAUAGCACAUGUCCAGUGGUGACCCGGACAAUAAAACAAGCUCAGUGGAGUAAGAUGGGUACUCCCAACCUCUGGCUAGUUAUCACGCCGAUCACGAUACACUUGUUUAUUAUUUGUGAUGGAAAUCGGAACGAAAGAGUCCUGGAACGAGUCACAUUUCUGAAACUCUCACCCCGAUGCAUCGCCCAAACGACGAAUAUUACACUACUCCCCACUAGCAAUGGAGUGGAGACAGCGGUUACCAGUUACCUGAAGACCCCAAUCACUCCCGUAGCACAAUUGGUGACGAGGACACGACGUAAGUUAAAUACGACACCACACACUCACAUUAACAUACAAGGAGAAGAGCUCCGUCCUAUACUAUUUGAAGAGGAGAGUCUGGAGGAAGAGUUAACACACAGGCCUUGGCGAACGAUACAAGAAUCACAUUGGCCUUAUUUAGCGUAAUUGGGCUACUCGCGUUAUGGAAAUACUGUCCUGUUACACCCAAAUGUCGCUCAGGUAAACCACUUAAUUAGAAACCCGAACGCGAGGUACACACGUUAGUUAGGAACCGGAAAGACGAUUCCCCGUCGACUUCCAAAGCCGACGUUCAACUCACCACAUUUUCUUCCAAUAGCCCCAAUUUUGAUCUAAAUAAUAGAGUCCGACAUUGAGAUCUAAGGUUACGGUUGGAGAGAUAUUAAUUUAUUCUUAAACUAUUUUGUAUAAUCAUGUUAGAAAUAUAUUAUGUUUAUGUUAUACUUGUAAACAUUGAGUACUGACACUUGGGCCAGAUUGGCCGUUGGGCAGUAUGUCCAAUACCAAAUAUUCAGAAUUAAUAUCCGAUAUUGAACAGUAUAAUUAUAUCACCCAGGAGAUCGCACGAAAUAAUUUGUUUUUAUAUUUACAAAUGUGGAUCAUUAAUUUAGAUACUAAUUUGUCAAUAUUAAACAAUAUAAUUUGGAAAUGUUACAAAAGUGCUGAAGAAAGUAAAACUAUUUACCUUCGUUAGAUACACAAAUCACGCGGUUCUCGUGUCAACGAUGACACAAUUUCAGCUUCUAUAAAACUAUGAUAUCUCAGCUAGAGAAAGAGUCUUCAACUAAAUCGCGUACCACUCACAGUCAAUACUCAACGUUCUCCCGGGGUAAUUACCCUAGUGUCGGUCUUAUUAAUAAAUUCUCUAAUUGCUAUUGGUGUUUCCAUAAUCUGAAGUGCAUCCUCCACUGAGCCACGAUUAUCUGACACAAGGGAAAGUGUAAUGUUCUGGAGAGGAAUUGUGAUCCGUAAAAAAAACUCCUUUAAUUUUCAUCCAAUCAACAAGUUUAACUGCUCACAGGUGUGUUGAUUACCUGUAGUCAGGCUCUGGAGAAGUGCAGCAGGAGAAAAUUUAAUUUUAUUGCAUGAUAAUGGACCUCUACAUACCAUUAGAGUGACUACAGACAUCAUUGAAGCAGAAGGUAUCCCUUGUUUGGAGUGGCCUGCUUGCUCACCCGAGCUUAAUCCUACAGAGGAUUUGUGGGAUAUGCUUAAAAGAAAAAUUAGAGCUCGCCGGGAUAAUCCACAAAACACCGCACGGCUAGUACAAGCUGCUUUUAAAGGAUGGAGCAACCUACCACAACAAAAUGUUGAUAAUUUGAUUAGGAGCGUGCCCACGCAAACUGAAGCUUGCAUAAGGACUAGAGGUGAUAACACUGACUACCACAAAAUACAAAAAAAAAUAAAAACAAGUUAAACAUUAUUCGUUUUACAUUGAAAUUUUGUAUGCUAUUGACUUUAAAACAACUACUUUUAAUUUGUUUGUUGAAUACUUUAUUGUUUUAUUUAAUUGUUAUGUAUUUGUUAUUAAAUUGAUUUAAAAUAAAUAUUGUUUGACUUCGUGUGUUCGUUUUUUUUUCGUGUGUAUAUUUUCACUAAUUAAGCAAAUUUCCUAUAAAUAAUUGAAUCGUUUAUUGUUGAAAGGAGACAAGUUACAUUUUAUAACUUUUUAGACAACCGUAAAAAACUAUUUUAAGCUAUUAUACUAAAUUAUUUUAGAUUAUUUGUUUUUGAGUAAACCGACUUAUUUAUAGGCCUACAUUGUAUUAAAUUAUAAUAGAUCAAAAACACGUGAUAUAUUUCACAUCAUAAUUUUGACAGCUUACCUCACUUACAAAAAGUGAACGAAUAAAUGAACUACGGUGGUCUAUUACGACAAUUUUUUUUUAAUAAAACGAUAUUUUUUGUAAAAUGUAAUGUCAAAUGUGAGUGUUCAUUUUAAUGAAACGUAGGUGCUGAAAAUACCGACAAUAUACCUAAGUCUGCCGUGUGUCACCAACGGCGAGCCGAGUAAAGUCGACUUUACACUACAUGAUUUGUCAUAUGAUUUUUCCCAUGACGAGCCGCAUGACAAUGCUUAUGACAAAACGAGCCGUAUAAACAAUGCAAAAUCAUAUGACAAAUCACACAGUGUAAACAUGUAAAUUUCACUCCAUGACCAAAUCAUAUGACAAAUCACAUGAUAAAUCAUGUAAUGUAAAGUCGACUUAAGUCCGCGAUCUUUAAACCAGCGUUUGCGUGUGUGUCACGCGCUUUAGUGAUGUAAAAUUUCCGGGAAUAUUCGUAUUGGAAACUUUCUAAAACUUAUGGAAAUAUUGUAUUUUUAUUUAAAUUCUUAUAAUAAAUCAUACAUAUCAGUA